CGUGGAUUCUAAUUGGACCACGGUGUCGCCUUUCAGCAAAUAGACAUACGCCUUGUUUAACUGCCGUUCACAUUAUUUUCACAGAAACCCGUGUUCAAGAGUAAAUGACCAGCAAGUAAUGCAACCCAUAUUUCUGCAAAACGGUAUCAUAUCAAGCUAGCCAGCUAAAGACAGCAGCGGUUUGAACGGUUUGCAAGAAAAGAAUAUACCGUUGUGGCACAAUGGGCGUCUUGUCUACACUGAUAAGAGGCCUGACAAGAGGAGCGGAUAGAAUGUCGGAAUUCACCAGCAAGCGAGGUUCAAGGACUCACAAUAAAGGCAGAGGUGCAAGACCAGCUGGAGUGAUGCUCUCCAGCAGAAAGUUUCUGGCAAGACAGGCCAUGAUUCCUGAGUUUGUGGUACCCACUCUGGACGGCUUUAAACUCAAACCCUAUGUAUCAUACCGCUGCCCAGCAGGAACUGAGCCUCCAGUGACUGCAGAGAGCCUAUUUGCUGAAGUGGUGGCUCCUCAGAUCAAGAAAGACUUUAAUGAAGGGAUUUUUGACAAAGAGCGACUGGAGAAAUAUGGAUAUGAAUCCACACAGGAGGGGAAGUUGUUUAAAUUGUAUCCCAAGAACUAUGUGCGUUAAAAUGAACUUAACAUCUGUGAUAAAUCUAUUUGCAAGGGAAGACUUCUGAUGUGCACUGGCGACAGUGGCUGGAGAACCUUUGAAGUGACACCAUGUUGCAAGCUGGACGUAAUAUUUUUAUAAUCGCUCUCGCUCUCUCCUAAUCAAGUACAAUAAAACUGAAAUGAACUGAA